CCACCACCAACAAUUUCAAGACAACUUGAAAAUACCUCCCAAAAUCCAAAAAUACUAUCCCAGCAGCACAUCUUCUAUUCUGUAGAAGAACGACUGCAGCAGGAAUAGUCUCCUCGAUAGCUUUCUUAAACUAUCGACCUUUCACCAGAAUUGUACAGUUAUAGUUCUUCCAGACUGUAACGAAUACAAAUUCUCCCAUCCAUUCACCCACACGAAAAGAGAGGGCGAAUCUCCAGAUAUUCGCACUUUUUUUUGAGAGCGAUUAAUUUCUGCCCACUCAGGAAGAAACAUAACCACAAAUCCUCUCUCCACUCAACCUUUAUUUAUCGAUUUAAUUCAAGAAGAUUCUUUUUCUUGUUAAUAGAUUUCGAUUCUAAUUCAAUAUCGACCGUCUGCGAAGGCAUACCUCCCGUCAUCCACACCUAUCGCGAUAACGUCAUACAAUUUAAUUAAAAUCCCUUCCUACGAAAAGUUACGAGGUCACCUUCGACAAACAGUCCACCCUAUGACUUCCGUUCCUCAACAAUCUCAAAACCAAAGCCAGGCCUCAAACACCACUAGCGCGUCGCAGUCGACCCAGUCGUACGCUUCUACCGCAAAGAAGGCAGUCUCGUCGCCACCUAUCGCGACGAGCUCCUCGACUCCAUCACCCGCCGUGGCUGUCGGAGGUUCUGCGCCGGUACAGCAACAUGGAAAAUCAUCCUCUAUCUCGCCGGUAAACGGUAGAGCUUCGAUUCCUCCAGCUGUACCGGCAGUUUCUGCACCUGCUAUCGCCCAUAGCAAUGCUGCAGUUAAUGGUGGUUCGACUGACCACAGCCGUAAGAGUUCGGUUACAAUCAGCGCAAACGGUCCCGCAGGUUAUGUUCCCAAUGGAGGUCCAGUCGGUGGUUCCAGAAGUGGUAUUCGAUUUGGAGCAUUGAUGGAUUCUCCUGCCGCUUCUCACAGCAUCCCACAAAUCUCUCAACCCGCCUCGGAACCAAUCCCAAUUCCCGGAAACAACCCAAGAGUAGUUUCGCCAGCAACCUCGCCAUCUCCUAUUCCUCAGCCAACUGCAAGUGGUGGAAGACCCCCAUCCGGAAUUUCUCAACAAGCAAACAUGACUUUUGGCAGUUUAGGCAACGAUGGUGAUCGACACAUGCGACAAGCAGUCUCCCAAGGACCUUUAGCACCUAAUAGUCAAGCAGGCGGUCACCUUCGUCGUGAAUCGUCGCAUUCGGCACAAAGUGACAACAAUCAAGGCCCAGGAGCUGGACGUGGUGGCUAUCAACAAGGUGGUGGUCGUGGACGUGGUGGAUUCAACCAACAAUAUACAGGUCAUACUGGUUUCCCUCCACCAAACCCACCACAAUUCAGAAACAACCAAAAUGCCGGACGUGGUGGCAUGCCUCCUUUCCAAAACCAAGGUCGCCCACAAUACCAAAAUUCUCCACACCAAGCCGCUCGAAGCCCAGCCCUUUCGAACUCCAUUCCCGGCACUCCUAACAUGAACCAAGCGAUGCCCAUGCAAAGUCCACAACCAUUCAAUGCUCAUGCUUACUAUCAGCCAUCUCACAUGGGAGCUCCUCAAGUACAACAAGGCUAUCAAUACCCGGUAAACCAAUGCCCUUCUUACUCCAGCGAUUCUUUCUCUUGUCCAACGUUCAAUCGAGGCGGCGGUGGUGGUGGUAGUAGAGGCAAGAAGUGGUCUGAUAAGUCUUCAGCCCAACAUUACCGAAAGCCUUCAACAGAACUUUUUGGUCACAGCUUCACUACCUACCAUGAACAGCCGUUCCCCCGUGGAAGUAACGGUCAAGGUAUUGCCAGAAAUAGAAAAGGAUCCAUGCAGUCGGAGCACCAGGAGAAUGGCUUUCCUGUUUCCAACCAACAGUUGAAUUUGCCCUCACCUCCAGCCAAGGAUUCAGUUAUCCCGAAGAAACCUGCAGAUCUAAGUUCUACGGACCCAAGCCUCCCCCCUCUCCCUUCUGCUACUCCCUAUUUCAACGUUUCUUCUGAUGUUUCAAAUAUUGAUUUCUCGCCAGCUUCUGGCAACUUUGACAAAUUUCUAACAGGUACACAGACUCAUCCCUACGGUCCUUACCCCGGUAUGCCUUUAAUGGGUGGCCCUCCAACUUUCCAAUAUCCUCAAGCUGGCUACAUGCACUCCGUUCCACCCCAAUCACCGCAACCAGGCUACAACCAACCAUAUAUCGCUGGUCAGUAUACACAACAGGCACCACAACCUAUGUCCCGCAAUUCGUCUCAAAUGUCUGAACAUCGACCAGCUUCUAGCAUGGGCCAAACCCAAGUCCCUAUGAUCGCACCGACCACUUCACAUACACCUCAGCCAAAGCCUGUUGCUCAAAACACCUUCUCUAGACCAACCCGCAAGAGCGCUGCUAUUGUCAUUAAGAGACCUGACGGUGAUGUCUUGAAUGUUGACGCAAUCAAGGCACCUGCUUCUCCAGCUCCUAGCAACAGAACUAGAACACCACCUGUCAUUGCUUCUUCUACACCAACACCUCCACCAAAGUCCGCUACUCCUCAACAUGCUCGCACUGAUAGCUUGGCUACCAAGUCUGCUGAAGAGAUUCGUCAAGAGAUGCAAGAAAAGGUCAAGAAAAUGGCAGCAGGUGACAAGGUCGACGAGAGCAAGAAUGAGGAGGCUGCUAAGGCUGCUGAAGCCGCCGCCGCCGCCGAAGCCAAAUUGAAGGAGGAAGAAAAGGCAAAGGAAGAAGCCAAGGCCGCCGAAGAAGCCAAGGCAAAGGAAGAAGCAGACGCGAAAGCUGCUGCCGAGAAGGCCCAAAAGGAAGCUGACGAGGAGUUGGAGCGACAAAUUGCCGAGAUGGAGGCAGCUGAAGCUGAACGAGAGAAGAAAGAAGCUGAACUUCUCGAGAAGCGUAACGCCGAGAAAGCAAGACUCGCCGCCGAGAAAGCUGAAGCCGACAAGGCCAAUGCAGCAGAAAAUGACCGUAAACUCAAGGAGCAGGAGCGCGAGAUGGAGCGCCUCGAAGAUGAAAAGGAGAAGAAGAGAGCCGAGGCGGAAGCCAAGGCCAAAGGUGGCGAUGGUAAGAAGGAUGAGGAGACCCCAGAUACUCUCGCUACCAAGCUUUCAAAGGCUACCCUCGAAACCGACAGCGGUGCAUCAACUCCUACUUCUGAUGACUCCAUGGGUCCACCUCCUAAAACACUUGCUGCCGAAAAGCGAGGCAAGCCUGCUGCGCUUAACCUUGCACCCCUUAACACCAAGCCUGUUGAGCCACCUCAACCUAGUGCAGCUCUCCAGUCGCUCAAGUCUGCCCGUUUCUUGGCUGUUCUUGACUCCUCUAUCUAUCCACCCAACAUCAAUUCGCCAAACCCUGCUUUGAACUCUGCCGCUAAUGCCAAGGGCAAGACUUUCAAAUACGACAAAGAAUUCUUGCUCCAAUUUCAAAAGGUAUUCACCGAGAAGCCAUCCAUGGAGUUCGAGUCACAAAUCAAGGCCCUCAUCGGAGAUGAUCCAGGCUCUGCCAGACCUGGUGGAUCACAGAGAACACCUGGUGGUAUGGGUCCUCGAGGAUCAAACCGUGGUGGCGGAAAUGCUGUUGGUCAAUUCACUAUGGGUCAAUUUGGUGCUCAAGGCGGAAAGACCCUUCCACCUGGCACUACAAGCGAAAUGCGUUUUGCUAUGUCUCAAGGCAAUAUGGCACGACCAGCUAUCAACAACCCUAUGGCUUCAUUCCAACGCCCUGGUGGAGCUUUCCCCGGUGGCUCUAUGCAACGAACCAACUCUACCAACUCUAUGCCACACUCCCCACGUCAAGCAAGCAGAUCCACUCGUGGUGGUAGCAAGCGUGAAGGUGGUUACCAAGGCAGCAACGCCAAGCAAGAGGCCCAAGCCGCAGCAAAGAUGCCUCUUACCAGCGGUAUGGAGAUCAAGCCCAUUCAAAUUUCUUCCACUGGUUGGAAACCACGCAGUGUCGGUCAAACUCAAACAGCUACUGGUGCUGCUGGACCUACACCUGGUGCCACUCCAGGCGCCGGCCACAUGGAUCCUGACAUGGUUCAAAGAAAGGUCAAGGCAGCUUUGAACAAGAUGACUCCUGAGAAGUUCGACAAGAUCGCCGACCAAAUCUUGGCUAUUGCUGCACAGUCAAGGGACGAAGCAGAUGGCCGCACAUUGAGACAGGUCAUCCAACUUACUUUCGAGAAGGCCACUGACGAAGCCCACUGGGCUUCCAUGUAUGCCAAGUUCUGUAAGCGUAUGUUAGAGACCAUGAGCCCUGACAUCAAGGAUGAGAGCAUCGUCGACAAGAAUGGAAACAUCGUCUCUGGUGGCAACCUUUUCCGAAAAUACUUGCUCAAUAGAUGUCAAGAAGAAUUCGAGAGAGGUUGGAAGAUUGACUUGCCAGAGAAGCCCGAGGGUGAACGCGAGGAUGCCAAGACUGAAGAAGCUGCUAUGCUCUCAGACGAGUAUUAUAUCGCUGCUGCUGCCAAGAGACGUGGUCUUGGUCUUGUUCAAUUCAUUGGUGAGUUGUACAAGCUUAGUAUGCUUACAGAGCGUAUCAUGCACGAGUGUGUCAAGAAACUCGUGGACUACAAUGGUCUUCCUGACGAAGCUGAGAUUGAGUCUUUGACCAAACUCCUCAAGACCAUUGGUCUUAACCUUGACAGCACCGAGAAGGGUAGACCAUUGAUGGAUGUAUACUUCGCUCGUAUCAACGCCAUGAUGGAGCAACCUGAGUUGCCAAGUCGUCUCAAGUUCAUGCUUAUGGACAUUGUCGAUCUUCGUAAGAAGGGAUGGGCUUCAAAGGAAGCAAACAAGGGUCCUCAGACACUUGAUGAAGUCAGAGCUGCGGCCGAGGCUGCUGCUGCUGCAAAGGCUGCCGAGAACUCUAGGAGUCAAAGAGGUGGUGGUGGAGGACGCAUGCCAAUGGGUCGUGGUGACGGAAGAAACUUCUCUGGUGGAUAUGGUAACCAACCUCCUCCUGAUUACCAGAAGAACACUGUUGGUAUGGAUGACCUUCGUCGUCUCACAAACAAGGGUGGUGCAAGCCGAAACACCAAUGCACAGAUGUCAUUCGGACCAUCAUCUAUGUUUUCUUCAAGAAGCAACAGUGGCCGAAAGAUGGGACCAGGAGGUUCCUUGGGCAGAACAGGUGAAGACUCUGGAGCUUCUUCAAGAACAGGCACACCCCCACAAGACAAGGAUAGGAAAUCAGCUACUUCCGCAAAUGCGUUUAGUCUACUAGCAGGAUUAGGAUCUGGCGAGACCGAGAAUCCAGCAUCUCCUCCUUCUACUCACACUUCUCCAGUAUUGUCGAAGUCCACAGCAGCUUCUGACAAGAAGGAGGGUGAUGCUUGAUCAUUGAGCAUUAACAAAAGUGUUUAAUAAAACGGAUCAUUCUAAUUUCUGUGCAUAGACGGCGGGCUAAUCUUGCAUUUACGGCGGGGCCUAUUUUCAAAGGGUGUCUUAAAAGUUCCUCAUUCUGUUCACUGUGAUACCUCAGAUUUCACACAUUAGACUAAAUUCCGUUAUCAUCAGAUCUUGUUUUCGGUCAUCUUUCUAAUGCAUUAUCCGGUAUUUGGUGCGUGGGACAAAAUGGGAUGCUUUCUAUCUGCAAAUUUCUUUGGCUGGCAGGGGUUGGAUUUGGACGGCGAUAUGGUUGGUAGCCGAUCACGACCUCUAAAAGCUUUUUAUUCUUCUGUCCAUAUUUUUUUUCCGUCUUUACGUGGCUCUAAUGAUCGAUGACCCGGCUUGCUUCAAUGCAUCCAUACGAUGGUCUACGACUGUUACGCUCCAGCUUUUGCGUUUUUGUUUUAUUUGCAUUGGCGCUGUUACGACUUGAUACCCUAAUGUCAUCUCCGCAAAGUAAGGCAUGGGGCUUCAAGGUUGUUGCGCAGUGAUUAUGAGGGUUUUCUCUGAUAGCCUGGCUGGCUGGUGGCGGUUGGUCUUGAGUGAAAUACAGAGCAAAAGAACAUGGAAGGGCUUGUCUUGUUCUGGAGCUGGGAGAUGAAUCUAUUGUGAAAGCUGUGGAUUUGUGUCAAGGGGGUAUUGGAGGUCCCAGCUUGUGGGGAGGAACGCAGGAUGGAUGCUCGGAAAACCUUGUUGUACAAUUAUAAUCUCUUCUUUCUUUGUCAUUGGUUCUUUUAACUUUCUUCUUUUCUUUUUCAUCAUGCCAGCCAGCUGCAAUUAGUCAGAACGAAUGAAAUUUAUGAAAUUUA